AUGUCCGAAACGACUCAGGGAUCCAAACUUCAGAAUGGUUUCCAACCACUACCCGAACCGGAGUCGGAUUUGAAAGUGGAAUCUCUGCCUGAAUUACAAUCAGAAACGAAACCGGUUGAGAAAUUGAAAUCGGAACCGGGGGUAAGUGAUGCCAAGCCGAAGCCGACUCCGGACACAGAGAGCUCGAUCCAAGCAACCACCGACCAAGUUACUCGUUCGGGGCUGCGUAAAGAUAAAGAGAACCGGACUUUCACGAUGAGAGAAUUGCUAAGUGAAUUGAAAAGCGACGAAGAUGAUACAAGCUCUCCUUACAGUCAAGAAAGCAGACAACGACAAUCCUACCAAAACAAUGUUGUAAUGGAGUUGAUCAAUAGUGUCACUGGUACUGAUGAGGAAAGCAGGUCUCGCCAAUGGAUUCUUGCAUAUGUUGCUAUGAGGUAUGCUACUGCGCUAGAGAGAAACCUAGAAGAUUAUGAUGCUUUUUACAACUGGGCAUUGGUUCUUCAGGAAAGUGUAGAUAAUGUUAGUCCAGAUUCUACUUCACCUUCUAAAGAUGCCUUGAUAGAGGAGGCUUGUCAAAAGUAUGAUGAGGCUACUCAUCUCUGCCCAACACUUCAUGAUGCUUUCUACAACUGGGCAAUAGUAAUAUCUGAUCGAGCAAAAAUGUAUGAUCGGACCAAAGAGGCUGAAGAACUAUGUGAGCAGGGUUCCAAAUCUCCAGAAAUGGCCUCUUCCAAUUGUUUUGUUUUAUCCAUUUUCAUGGCUCUGUCAUUGUUGAACAUCAAUGUUGGGCUAGCAGCUCGUCAUCUCCUCCAGAUGCCACCAUCUUUACCUGGAGUAACGUUGCCACCAUUGCCAUCUAUCCCCAAUCUCCCACAACCGACAUUGCCAACAUUGCCUACAAUGCAACCAUUGUUACCCAAGCCUGGAGCUCUACCUCCACUUCCUAGCAGGCCAACAUUGCCUACCCUGCCAUCCAUCCCUCCACUUCCUAGCAUGCCGACAAUGCCAACCAUGCCAUCCACCCCUCCACUUCCUAGCAGGCCAACACUGCCUACCCUGCCAUCCAUCCCUCCACUUCCUAGCAUGCCGACAAUGCCAACCAUGCCAUCCACCCCUCCACUUCCUAGCAUGCCAACAUUGCCUACCAUGCCAUCCAUCCCCACAAUACCAACUACCAUCCCAUUCUUCUCGCCACCUCCUUCAAAAACUAGCCCUUGA